AUGGCGUUGAAGACGUGUUUGGCCUUGUUACUGCUGGCAUUGCAGGCCUGCGCCGUACAGCCAGGUGCGCCCGAAGCUCUUGCAGCUCCUCUCCGUGACCUCGAAUUCGGACAGAUCAACUUCCUCCACACGACCGAUACUCACGGCUGGCAUGCGGGACAUCUUCUUGAGCCAUCGUUCAGUGCGGACUGGGGCGAUUAUGUGGACUUUGCUGGCAGGCUGAGAGAGAAACUAGAAGCAGAAGGGAAAGAUCUCCUGAUAGUCGACACCGGUGACCGCAUCGAGGGAAACGGCUUGUAUGAUGCAUCAGAGCCUAAAGGGCUGUUCACGUUCGAUAUCUUUCGAAAGCAGCAUAUGGACGUUCUGUGUUCCGGCAACCAUGAGCUGUACAAACAGAACUCGUCUGAGAACGAAUAUUUGAUUACUGCCCCUGCCUACCCCGGCAGCUACCUUGCUUCCAACCUCGAUAUACACGACCCAGACACCGGUGAGGUGGUCCCCCUGGCGCCCAGGUACAAGAAGUUUACCACAAAAAAGCAGGGGGUUCGCAUCAUGGCGUUUGGCUUUCUGUUCAACUUUGACCGUAACUAUAACAAUACCAUUGUGCAAAGAGUCGAAAAGGCCAUUCAAGAACCGUGGUUUCAGGACGCGAUCUGUGACCGAGAAAUCGAUCUCUUUGUGGUUGUUGGACAUUCCGCCAUCCGCUCUGAAGAGUUCGACCUGAUCUUCCGGGCCAUUCGAUCUGUGCAAUUGGAUACUCCCAUCCAGUUCUUUGGAGGUCAUUUCCACAUUAGAGACUAUCGCAUCUUUGACACGAAAGCGCAUGCCUUGGCCAGUGGACGCUUUAUGGAGACCAUCGGUUUCCAGUCUAUCAGUGGCUUGUCGACCAAUACGAGCCAAGGAACAUCCCCGACAUUCUUCAGGCGCUACAUUGACAAUAACUUAUAUUCAUUAUAUCAUCAUUCUGGCCAUAACUCUUCGACCUUCCACUCGGACCGCGGUAGAAACAUCACAGAGGCCAUCCACCAAGCGCGGCAGGCUCUUGAUCUCGACCAGACAUUCGGUUGCUCCUCGCUUGACUUGUGGAUGAGUCGAGCCCCGUACCCAAGCAACAACAGCAUCUUCAGCUGGCUAGAAGAGCAGGUUUUCCCAGAGGUAGUCAAUGACCCCCAACGGAACGAUCGGGCACGAUUGAUUAUUUCCAAUACUGGGGCGAUUCGAUUCGACAUCUUCAAGGGAGCAUUUACCAAAGACUCGACGUUGAUUGUAUGCCCUUUCACCAGUGGCUUCCACUACCUCAAGGACGUCCCUUACAAGCGGGCGAAGAAACUCAUAUAUCUCCUCAAUCGAGCGGGUCAGAUCUUCGAGAAUGCAGAUCCAACGUUGGCCAUGUCAAAGCUAGCACCAGUGGACCAGAUGGGGAUUCUCCAAGAUGUUGUUGUCGAGGAAUCAUUGCCCUCCCACCAGGACAUGCAACAAUUUUCUCUCGCCGCCAACGAUGCAUUGACGCCGGGUUACACGACGGUUGAUGAUGCUGGCACCGAUGGUGACGACACAGUGCAUACUCCCAUAUCCUUCUAUCGAGUGCCCAACUGCAUUCAGUCAACUGUCGGCCUUCCGGAAGAUAACCAAGAGGAGGCUACAGUCGAUGUGGUGUUCAAUGAGUUCGUCCAGCCGUGGAUUUUGCUGGGCUUGAAGUUCUUGGGCCUUGACUAUACAGAUGACGACGUGGAUAAGUACAUGCCGGAUGAGAACAUGACAACCCUAAUUGCCAAAUGGGUCAGUGAAAAUUGGGCAGAGAACUGCUGA